AUGGCGACCACCGUGCCCGUCACCAUGGACACGCUCAUCACCAUCAAGAUUUCCAUUCAGGGGAGCAACAGGAAGUUCAAGAUCCCCAUGAGGGAUUUGGGCGCUGGUGUCCUGCCCGGCAAGCUCCGCCAACUCCUCAACAUCCCUCCCAACCAGGACGUCAUCUUCGAGCGCUUCUCCGACAGCGCCGGCGCUUACAUCACUCUCGACCCUGAGAACCCUCAGGUAUACAAGACGCUGUUCCGCGCUGCGAAGGCCAAGCUGAAGCUUCGCCUGCGCGCCACCAUCGUCGAAGACCCGGCCGAGAACAAGCCUAUGGAUGAUCUCCAGUCCAUGCUGGAGGCCGGCACGAGCAUGCCUCCCAUCCCGCUCCCCGUGCGCACUGCGCCCGCACUUCCCCAACACGCCCGGCCUCAGGCCCAGCCUCAGGCCCAGCCUCAGGCCCAGCCUCAGGCCACCUCCCCGUCGCCACCUCAGCCUGACCCAAUGAGCACCGGCACCAUUCCGCUCUACCCCUACGCCAGGCUGCCCGCUUUCCACAAGACCAACAUGCGGGCUGCGAACUCCCCACCCGUACCGGCGCCUGCGCCCACCAAGCCAGAGCAGCCCGUUGACACCGAGGGCGAGGCACCCGUGCCUAAGCCGUUCCCUGCGCGCGACAACUUCUUCUCCGAGCUUGCCGACAUGUCCCGCGAGCGCGAGCUGGCUCUCCGUAUGAAGGAAUCAACCCCGGCGAACUUACUCUCCUGGUCCGUCUACUGCAACGUCUGUGACAAGCCCAUGUCCAACGAGCACUACCACUGCAGCAUCUGCGACGGGGGCGACUAUGACCUCUGCGACAACUGCGUGGCAUCUGGCUGCCACUGCCCUGGUGAGGGCCAUUGGUUGAUCAAGCGUUUCAUCAAGAACGGCAAAGUCACCAAGAGCACCACCGAGAGGGUUGCUCCUAAGCUCAAGGAGGAGUUCGAGACUGAGCCUGAGCCUGAGCCUGAGGUCAAGGCUGAGCCCGAAGAGAAGGAAAUGCCCGGUGCUUUCACGACUGAGAAGUUCACGGCUGAGAAGAAGCCGGAGCCGGCGCCGGAGCCCACCCGCACCUGCAACUCGUGCGUCAAGGUGUUCCCUGAGCGCAGCUUUGUCACCUGCGUCGACUGCGAUGACUACGACCUCUGCAUGUCGUGCCACGUUGGUUCGGAGCACGGCCACCACCCCGGUCACGCUUUUAAGCCUGCUACACCCGGCGUCAUUGGGCCCCUGGCCCAGUUCCUCUGCGCGCCAGGCCGCAACGUCCGCCACGCUGCCGUGUGCGAUGGAUGUGAGAAGUUCAUCUAUGGUGUUCGCCACAAGUGCCUGAACUGCCCCGACUGGGACUACUGUGCCGAGUGCAUCAAGGGGGCCAAGCAAUCUCACCCCAUGCAUCGCUUCGUCCCCAUCUUCGACCCUCUACCCGAGCCGCGCACCCACUCGGUCCGCCAUUUCGGCAUUUACUGUGAUGGUCCUCUCUGCAAGGACAAGAUGAACCAGACUUACAUUGAGGGCGUUCGCUACAAGUGUGCGGUCUGUUUCGACACUGACUUCUGCGCAAACUGCGAGGCGCACCCCAGCAACCGCCACAACCGCACUCACCCGACCAUCAAGUUCAAGACCCCGGUCAGGAACGUCAGUGUUACCACCAUGGGCGAGGACAGGAAUGGCAUGCCUCUAGAGAACCUUGGCGAUGGGGCUCCACGUUGGCCCUGCUCGGUUGGGAGUGGUUCUGCGAACGCCGCUACCCAGAUCCGCACUGUUGCCGAUCUCAAGCCCAAGGCGGGCGUUGCGUCCAAGACUGCCAAGGUCCAGAUCAAGGACCUCCUCGCCGAGCCCAUUGAUGAGAAGACCCAGGUUGAGGACCUUGCGAAGACCACGCCCAGCCACGUGUAUCCCGAGCCUGUCCAGGAGAAGGUGGCUGCGGCGUCUAGCCCCAAGUCUCCCGAGCCUGUCCAGGAGAAGGUGGUUGCGGCGUCUGAGCUCCAGGCUCAUUUCCUCCGCGACACGGUGUGCGAUGGCACCAAGAUUCCAGGCAACUCCAAGUUCCUUCAGGUCUGGACUCUCCGCAACCCUGGUCCUCGUGCUUGGCCUGCUGGCUGCUCGGUUCGCUACGUUGGUGGCGACAACAUGCUCAAUGUCAACAACGAGCACCCUUGCAGCACAACUGACAUUGCCGAGGCCACCGAGAGCAACGUUAUCGGUCGUACGGUCCAGCCUGGCGAGGAGAUCUCUUUCAGCGUUUUGAUGAAGGCUCCGGCUCGCGAGGGCGUUGCCAUCUCAUACUGGCGCCUGAAGGCUGCUGACGGUACUCCCUUCGGUCACAGGCUGUGGUGCCACAUCGAGACGACGAAGCCUAUUCUCACUCCCCUCCCUGUUGAGUCUCCUCAGUCCACGGAUGCCGAGCGCACUCUGGCCCGUUUGAGGGAGCUGCGCGAGCGUCGCCAGUCGAGGGUUCAGGAGACGGAGAACCACCGUGCUCUCCAGCGUGAGGCUAUGCAGGCGAUGGUGAGCCGCAUGCAGAGACUCCACGAGGCGCAGGAGCAGAUGAGGCAGCGCCAGAAGGUACUCAAGGCCGAGCUUGUUCAGAAGCAGGCCGAGCGUAUUGCUGCUUCCCCUCCCAAGCCGACAGUGGAGGAUGUUCCGGAAGCCGACUCUUCCGAGGCCACGGUCAAGGCUGAAGUCCCGGUCCCGGAAGAGACCGAAGUCAAGGCUGAGCCUUCGUCCUCGGAGGGCAGCCAGAUGAUCUUCCCUACCCUUGAGAAGGAGUCCCCCGUGAACAGCACUCACGUUCCCAGCCCGUCCGUGGAAGCCGAGAAGGCUGCCGAUGCUCCCUCUUCGGUUCGUGACGAGACCGAGACCGAGACGGAGAUUUUCGAAGAUGCCGAGACGGUCGACCUCGUUUCCAGCGAUGAUGGCUUCCUCACCGACGAGGAGUACGAUGUGCUCGAUGCCAGUGACUCGGAGUUCCCUGCGUGA